UGCUGCUGUGCUGUAGGACUUCAGCCACUCCAGUAAAAUCAUACCUCAGCCUGCUACCUUCACUCCCAGACAGAGGAACGUCGAGAUAAAACAGCACCACUUUAGAUGGAAGCUUUAUUAAACACAGAGUUGAAUAGACAAAUCACUUUGGUGGACAUGAAAAUGAAAAGCUUGAAGACUUCUGCAGUCACGUCAGACAAAAGUCUUCCACAAGAUAAGUAUUAACUCAUAAUGUCUUCGUCAUCAGCAUCAUCAAAGGUUCAGUCUGUUCAGAAAUGUGGAUCAGCUGGAAGGUUUGGGGUCUCUGGGUCUCCCCUGUAGUCGCCCCGGGCCCUUGCCUCUCCCGCCCGCACCUACACCUGAAGCAGCACCCCCUCGUUUCCUCCUCUGUCCCGGUCUUGACCCCACUGACCCCUCACUGGCUGACUGAGCCCAGAGGGAGUCAUAGUGGCCUGGCGCCUGGUACCCGGGCUGGCUUUGGUCCAGAGGAUCUCUGGAGAGCAGGAUCCAGAUAGCGGGCAGGUUUCUGCUGACAGUGAGGCUGUCCAGGCCUGCUCCAGGCUCCAGCGGCUCCCACACUUCCUUCACUGUGCUGAACUCCAAGCGGGUCAGCUGGUGGAGCCCUUUGAUCCGUCUCUUCAUGAUCUCUGCACACGUUAUGGCUUUGGACACGCCCUUCCCACUGGCACGGAAGACCACCUGACGGCAGAGUGGGCACCCGGGCGAGCUCUCCUCCACCGCAUCUCCUUCUUCAACAGGAGCCGGCUGGGAAGCAGCUUUGGGUUUGCUCUCCAUCCGACUCAGAGCAAAGCGCAUCAGGUUUCGGAUCUUGCUGCCGUCUUUGACUCGGACCUCAGGAGCGUCCGGAAGAACACCAGGAAGUGGACAGGCAGACGGCUGCUCCUCCACCCGGGACUUUACAUAGUUCUCCAUCUACACACAAAAACACCAAGAUGAUGGGAAAUGCAGACAUGAAGAGGAGAGGGACCGACAGCUGAUGUAAAAGUUCCGACACAGAGAGGCGCCACAUCAUCGAGGUACAAUCGCCUGAAAACGUCUGCGGUCAAACUAAAACAAAUGGAUACCAUUUUUAAUUUUAACAUUAAACAUAACGACUCAUGCACCAGUACGAAACAAUGAGCCAGUAACUCCUAUAACCACAAACAAGGCCAGUAUUGCAAAAAGAACAUAUCAUUUAUUGGCGUCAUCAAUUCAUUGAGUAGCUGAAUGACAAACGGUGUUCCACUUUCAACAACAACUUCUCGAGUACUGUCGCAAUAACAUGACCGCAGAGCUAACCAGCAAAGCUGUAUAUGCUUUAAAAAAAAAAGGAAAUUGUAGCAAGAGCGAUCCACGGAAACAAUGACAGCCGACCUGAUAAUGGUUUGAAGUUUCAAGCAACUGGAAUCAUGAGGUUUCAAAGUCAUGUAAAAUCAACACGGGGUUAAUACACGUUUUACGUUGGCAUGCUUUCAGCACUGAAACACCCAUCGCAACAACUGUAAACACGUUUUUUGUGUUUAGCUGAACUUGUCAAUAGCCCAAAAUAUGGCGUACAUAAUCUAGCUGCCGCUACGCUGUACGGUAACAUAUACGGUGUAAAAUUUAGAGAAAACGUAUAAGGAAUAUCAGUACUCGUAAUCGUUUAACCGGAUUGUAAAAAUGCAAACAGCGAUAUCUUACCGUCUGUCUGUUCUGCACUUUCUAGGCACUCCACAUGUUUACCAAUCACACUUUACGGCGCCGUACGCUGGUGUAAAGUGUCGCAAACACGCUGCCUUAUUUGUAUUUUUAGUUGGAUACCACUUGGCAAAGACGGCGUGAAACGCACGAAGCUAUUUUCUAGACAGAAUCCUUGUUGCAGUGUUCUGGCCCUAACAGCUAUACGUCACUAUACAUCGCUCAUUUACAGGUAUAGACCUCCCUGGACAUGAUUUAAACAUGUCCUGAUGGAACCUCAUUCUGAACUUGUCAUAUUGUUUUAUGAAUGCAAACCUGAAAGCAUCAGAACCCAAUGGGACACUCCGCUUGACUAGUUUGAGGCGUUUUCGUCGAGUUGACACAGUCACGUGACUGUCUUAAAGCGGAUUGCCCUGGGAACUCGGCGAGUCGGUGCUGCGGGACCCAUCACUACAAAAUAGAUCAACAUAGGUGCUCACCUUAUAACAAUUUACCAAAACGAUUUCCUCUUAAAAACGGCAUUUCCCAUGAGCCAUUGCGGCCCACGGGAUCGCUACGUCAUUUGUUUCCCUCCGUCGCUGAGUGACGUAUGCUGCCUGGCAGCAGAGUCAUGGCUGACCAGGAGACUACUGGGCUGGAAAGCGCUCCGGGCUGUCCGUCAACGACUCCUCGAGCUGAGCGGCCUCAUUCUGUUUCCUUCUCCGAGAGUGUUCAGCCUGCCGUCGACAUGGUUAGCCAUUUGCUAAGCCAACCGUCCUCGCUCAAGUUCGACAAGAACAUCAAACAGGCCUUCUACAACACCGGGGCGAUGAUCUUCGUGGCGAUCUGCUGCGGGGCUGCCGUGCUGGUCUACUUUAUCCUGGAGGCCUUCCUCCGGCCGCUGCUGUGGGCAGCUCUCUGCGGCACCUUCCUUCACCCCUUCAAGAACUCUUUGGCCAAGGUCGGCCGGACAUGGCUGGCCGGUCUGCAGGACACCGGGACGCCCAUCGUGCUGGGGACUCUGCUUGUUCCGUUGUGGUGCGUCAACUACGGGGUUGAGACGAUGGGCCAAGCGGUGCUGGAGAGACUGACGUUGCUGCUAGUCAUCGGAACCGGAGCCCCUUUACUCUACUUCCUCUACCUGUCCUGGAGUGUCGUCGGCCUGCAGGCGGUCGUCGGGCACGUCUUCCACGCGAUCGGGACUGUGCUGGACUGUUUCCACGCAGUGUGGGUCUGCACUUUGGCUAUCGGUUAUCUGCUCAUGGUUUGCUUCAAGUGGAACCCGCAGACGGAGAGAUAUCUGCGAGCCUUGUCUCUCCCUGUGUGGUCAGUCCUGCUCUUGUUCAUUGUGUCUCUAGCUGGUUCCUGGAGAAUUCCUUUAUUCUUACUGGUGGUCGUUCUCCUGGUGGUCGGCUCCCAAGAGAAGCCCACUGUCCCAGGCAGAGGUGAGCUGUCUGGCCAGGUGCUGACCUUUGCUGCCAACACCAUCUACAUGGCGAUCUCAUGUAGCAACCUUCAGAUGAAAGCUCCGCCUGGUGAGACCUCUGCAACAGAUGGCGUGGAAACUCUGAGCCAUGCUCCUCCUCACACUCCCGGAUUCCGGCAAGUGUCACGUUCAUUGCCAGCUGGACUCUUCCAGGGAAAAAAGAGCUCCCACAGGGCCAGUGACAUCUACUUCAUCUUGCUGGCGUGGGCCAUCAUUCUGGUUCAGAUCUGGCUCAACGUCUGGAUCCUUCAGCUCCUGCCCAUCCCUGUUGCUGUGUGGAUACUUAAGAAGCUGGUGGUCCACUUCGGCCUGAAGAGCUUUGCUGAGCACACUCUGACCUCCUGGUGGUCAGUGGUGGAGAAGUUUGGAAAAGAGCGCGAGGAGGCUCUGCUGCCACAGCCAAUCCAGGGUUUGGCACAGUUCCUGCUGCGCAUUGACACAAAGCUCUGGCAUUGGCUUAACAAGCAGAUGGUGGUGUGGUUGGAACGGUCUCUGGAUAAAAUCAUCAGCAUCUUCAUCAUCUUCCUGUUGGUCACCGGGACAUUGCUCAUGGCUCUGCUGCUCACAGCCAUGGUCCAUCACGAAAGUGCUCACGUCAUUGAUGUGACAAGCAACCUCAUCAAUGAGACCGUUUACAAACAUCCAGAAUGGGCCAAUUUGCUUCCAGAAGCUCGUGUGGUCCAGAAGGCUUUGAAUUCAGCCGCCAAUAAUGUCUAUCAACACGGGAGGGAGUGGAUUACACAAAAACUGCAUAAGAUGUUAGGAGACAAGGUGAACAAUACGGCUGUCAUCGAGAAACAAGUUCUGGAGCUCUGGGAUCGACUUUAUCAUUCCUGGUUUGUCAAGAACACGACUCACAGCGGACGCCAUCGUGGUCAGAAGUUCUUUCAGAGACAGAACAGCUGGUUAGUGGACAUCCUGGACUGGAAAGACGUGGUGUCCUUCCUGCAGGAGAACAUUGAGACGCUGUGGUCGAUCCUGGAGUCUCUCUGGGUGGUGAUGAGUCGAAACGUUGGGCUUCUCAUCUCCACGACAACAACUCUCCUGACAGUCGUGUUUCACAGCGGAACUGCGCUCCUCAAUUUUGUCCUCAGUCUGGUGAUCUUCCUCACCACGCUCUUCUACCUGCUCAGCUCCAGCGGAGAGUACUACAAGCCUGUCAAAUGGUUCCUGAGCUUGACCCCUCUGUCUCAGCCGGGACCUUCUUCAAACAUCAUCAGUCAGUCUGUGGAGGAAGCCAUCAGGGGAGUGUUCGACGCCUCGCUGAAGAUGGCGGGCUUCUACGGACUCUACACUUGGCUCACUCACACCAUAUUCGGCAUCAACAUCGUCUUUAUUCCAUCAGCACUGGCAGCCAUCUUGGGUGCGGUGCCAUUUUUAGGAACGUACUGGGCUGCGGUGCCAGCAGUGUGCGACCUGUGGCUAGCUCAGGGUGAAGGAGUCAAGGCUGUGCUGCUGCUCAUCUGCCAUCUUCUCCCGACAUACUUUGUUGACACGGCCAUCUACUCUGACAUCUCAGGAGGCGGACAUCCCUACCUGACAGGGCUGGCGGUGGCAGGUGGAGCUUACUAUCUGGGCCUGGAGGGCGCCAUCAUUGGCCCCAUUGUGCUCUGCAUGCUGGUGGUAGCAGCCAACAUCUACAGUGCCAUGUUGAUGAGCCCAAAUUCUGCAGUCCCGACACCAGUCCAGACCAGCUGGCCGCUCAAUCCCAUGAGGACAUUUGUGGAGUCCACGCCUUCAGUUCUGAAGGGCACCAGUGAGUGAGCAAGUCCUGGACCACUGCAGACCUUACCCUGUGCUGGUUCCUCGCGGAGGAGGAGAGACCACGGUCUACGCCAUCAGCUUCCCUGCUGCAGAGUCGGCUCUGACUGAGACCGCAGCAGGAUGGAGAUACCCCCGAGGCAGUGGGUGCAUCCCGAAAAAACCCACUGCCUUAGUUCUGUUAUUUACACUCACACACUGUUUAUCAAAUGUGCUCUGUCAUGUGCUUUAUUUUAUUGACUUGCACUUUGUCGAGUAUGUUUACGUCCUACCUCUCUCCUGAAGGCAGUGACCGGCAAUAGUUUGCACCAUCUGAAUUCCUCAAUGGUUUUACGACUUCAACGUUCAGAUUGAAAUAUUUUUUUCUUCACAUUUGAAACACUUUCAGAAACAGUGGAGCACUUUGGUAGCACCUUUAGUCGUAGUGUUAUUGAUGACUGUGACCUGCAGCAACUUUUUC